CAGAACCUCUCUCGGUAUUUUCUCAAAUCCUUUAGACCCAGGGUGGCGUCCCUCGGUCCUCACCACCACGGCGAUCCCAAGUUGAAGGUGGUGGAGGAGCUCAAGCCCAAGUUCGCGCAUCGAUUCGUGUCCAAUAUCAUUAAGGCUGCUGCUGGCAAAAAAAAUUUCAAAACUCAAGGUACAGAUGGAGAACCCAGUCGAGGCCAAAUUCACACUUUAAUCAAAGAAAUUCUUGGUAAGAUUUUUGGAGAGAUCCAAGAGCUGAAGAAGUGCUAUGCGGAUGCGAAUUCGACAAGCAAGUACAGUGACGAAGAUUUGGCGCGAAUGUUGUUCCUGGACGGGUGCUUCAUUCUGCAGUUCAUCGAGAACCGCCAGGGAAGGAACUCCGAAGAACCUCAGAUGAUGAAGUGUCACUACGAGGCGUUCGUGGGGCAGGACUUGCUCUUGCUGGAGAACCAAGUCCCCUUCAGGGUCCUUCAGAUUCUAGCGGAACAAGAAGGUAGUUAUCAUCGCAGAAUGGAGAUGAUCGUGAAUUUCAUCUAUGACGGUAUGAUCGCAAAGCCGGAAUCAGACGAGGGACACAAAUGGUGGGAACCCCAGCCGCCCGCCCAUCUCCUCGAGCUGCAGCGAAAAAUUUUCCUCAAUCACAAACAACACAAGCCAGAGCCAGAUGGUGCGGCAAAAAUAAACAUGCUAAGCACAGCAACAAAACCAGGUGGUGUAGAAGAAGUAAACCAGCGAAACACAACAGCAAAGGCAGCUGGUGACAACCAUCAGCGCUCCAAUGGAAAUUGGAGUUUCCUCGCCUGCAUCGAUAAGAUCGAUAAAAAAAUAUUACCCCAAAUAUGUCCGCGCUGGGGCAAACGCCAAACUAAAUUCAAUCGCUUCUCUUACCGCAACGUGAAGGAGCUCGCAGCCGUGGGGAUCCAGAUGAAAUGCAGCAAGACUAGCUAUUUAACCGAUGUUUCCUUUGAUAGUCCCGUUUUCCAGCUGUUCGGCCACUUGAGGCUUCCCCCCAUCACUAUAGACGACUCGACCGGCCCGAAGCUCCUGAACUUGAUCGCCUACGAGAUGUGCUCUGAGGUCGCCGACGACGACCGCGGGAUCACGUCCUUUGUCUGCUUCCUCGACUCCCUCAUCGACCAUGCGGACGAUGUGAAGGAGUUGAGGAAGGCACGCGUGAUCGAAAACCGUCUCGGCAGCGACAAAGAGGUGGCCAAGCUCUUCAACGAUAUCAGCACCGAUCUCGUGCCCAAUUCCAGGACUUACAACAAGGUUAUGGAGGAUAUUCAGAGACACUACGACAGUAAGGUAAAGUCAUGGAUUGCCCUCUUCAUUAACCGCUAUUUCAGUUCGCCUUGGACUGUCGCAGCCGCUUUGGCUGCCGUUUAUGUCAUCUUCCUCAACAGUGCGCAGACCUACUUUCAAGUCUUCCCUCGACCCGGUUCUUGUGAUCCCAUUUGCGACUAUAUUAUUAAAAGAACACACAUAUGA